AUGUCGUCGUCAGCAACUUCGUCGGCUUUGUACGCGACUGUCUCGUCGUCUUCACGAGCCACUGGUGCUGUGCCCAAGGACACUGACAGACUGCGCCAUCACAUCAAAAAUGGCAAGGGCUUCAUCAAUCCUUGGGAUUCCUACGUCGAUAGAACAGCCUCACAGAUCAUCUCGGCUUUAAUCUGGCGGAAAUUCUCAGGCAAAUCAAAAACGCCCGACACGACCCCUCCUACCGUCAAUGUGCAAAAACCAGAGUUCCUGCCCACACGCGAGACCAAGACGUUACGAGCAACAUGGCUGGGACACGCCUGUUAUUACGUCGAGUUUCCUAGCGGCCUGAGAGUUCUGUUCGAUCCCGUCUUCGAGCCGAGAUGCAGUCCUUUUAGCUUCAUGGGCCCAAAGCGAUAUACGCCAUGCCCCGUCGACGUUGCCGAUAUUCCCAUCAUUGAUGCUGUCGUCAUCUCUCACAGUCACUACGACCAUUUAUCAUAUCCUACCAUCCUCAAGAUUAAAGAGAAGCACCCGAACGUUCAUUUUUGGGCUCCAUUGGGCAACAAGAAAUGGUUCACAAAGUGCGGUAUCGACAACAUGACCGAGCUGGAUUGGUGGGAGUCGAGAGACUUCACUCUUUCGGCGAACAAAAAAGAUGCUGAAACUUCACAUAACGAGACCAGCUCUACCGUAAAUGCAGGAGGUGCUGAAGAUAUCAAGGCUGUCAUUGGCUGCUUGCCUUGUCAACACACCAGUGCUCGUACUCCAUUCGACAAAUCGCAUACUCUAUGGGGCUCUUGGAGCGUAGAGAGUGGUGGCAAGAAGAUCUGGUUCGGAGGAGACACAGGCUACCGCUCUGUUCCUGACCUUCCAGAAGAAGAGAACGACUACGAUGAGAAGUACACUUAUCCGACUUGCCCAGCCUUCAAGGAGAUUGGCGAACUCAGAGGACCUUUCGAUUUGGGCUUGAUUCCCAUCGGAGCAUACGACCCACGCUUUAUCAUGUCUCCUAUGCACGCCAAUCCUUUUGACAGUGUCAACAUUUUCAUUGACACACAGUGCAAGAAAGCGCUCGGAAUUCACUGGGGUACCUGGGUGCUCACAGAAGAGGAUGUUCUCGAGCCUCCGAGAGUACUCAAAGAAGCCAUGGCAUGGAAAAACCUACCGGAAACAGGUGUCUUUGACACUUGCGACAUUGGCGAGAGCCGUGAAUACUGA